AUGCCAGUCCCAGUGGCCGGCUUAGAGGCUUAGUAUCACCGACCAAAGUUUUCUUUUGUUGUGAAUCAUACGGUGAAUCAUACCUCUCGCUGUACUAAUACCCUGCCUGCGCGCUCUUCUCUUACGUCUUUCCAAUACUCAGAAAGUGUUGACUCGCCGUGAACACACGCAAGAUAUCCUUUUGACUCUUCAUCUUUUUGGAGACAAAGAACGAUAGUCAACUGUCCAGAGUAGAGCCUCAAGCAACUCGCUGAUUCAAUCUCCAACAAGAUGCCGAUGCUCAAGGAGCCAUGGAAGAAAUACCAACCUUUCAAGCCGUUGAACCUGCCGGACAGGACAUGGCCUAGCAAGACAAUUGAAAAGCCACCAAGAUGGCUGUCAACCGACCUGAGAGAUGGUAACCAGAGUUUAGUAGAUCCUAUGGAUGGCGCGCAAAAAUGGGACUACUUCAACAUGCUGGUUAAGCUCGGCUACAAGGAAAUUGAAGUCUCAUUCCCGUCCGCGUCGCAAACUGACUUCGACUUCACACAACGCCUCAUCCAAACGCCCGGCAUAGUACCAGACGAUGUAUGGAUUCAGGUCCUUUCGCCAUGCCGCAAAGAGCUCAUUCGCCGCACCGUCGACUCCCUCAAGGGUGCGCGCAAGGCCAUCCUCCACCUGUACCUUGCGACCAGUCCGUGUUUCCAGCAGAUUGUCUUCAACAUGAACGACGAUGAGACAAUUGCACUCGCGGUCGAAUGCACAAAGUACGCGCGAUCAAUAACCAAGGAUGAUCCCGAGCAAGCCGGUACAGAAUGGGCAUAUGAGUUCUCACCAGAGACCUUCUCAGAUUCAUCCCCAGAGUUCGUCAUCAAGGUCUGCGAGGCUGUCAAGGCGGCAUGGGAACCAAGUGUAGAGAACCCACUCAUCUUCAACCUCCCAGCCACCGUAGAGAUGUCGACGCCCAACGUCUACGCCGACCAGAUCGAGUACUUCUGCAAGAACAUCUCCGAGAGGGAGAAGAUUUGCGUCUCUCUGCACCCACACAACGACCGAGGAUGCGCGGUUGCAGCAGCAGAACUGGCACAAAUGGCGGGCGCAGACCGAGUAGAAGGCACACUGUUUGGCAACGGAGAGCGCACCGGAAACGUCGAUCUCGUUACGCUGGGCCUGAACCUGUACACCCAGGGCAUACAUCCAAAGAUUGAUUUCUCGGAUCUGAAGUCAAUUAUCGAUAUGGUUGAGAGCUGCAACAAGAUUCCGAUACAUCCCCGCGCACCAUACGGAGGUCAGCUUGUCGUGUGCGCCUUCAGUGGCUCACAUCAAGAUGCGAUCAAGAAGGGCUUCCAGAUGCGCAAGAAGAACGGCGCGACCAACGAGAGCCGGUGGCAGAUCCCAUACCUGCCCCUGGAUCCGCAAGAUAUUGGCCGCACAUACGAAGCUAUCAUCCGUGUCAACUCGCAGAGUGGAAAGGGCGGAAUUGCCUGGAUUAUUCAACGCCAGCUGGAACUCGACCUUCCCCGUGGUCUCCAAAUUGCCUUCUCCAAGGUCGUACAAAAGGAGACAGACAUGCUCGGCCGCGAACUCCUGCCUACCGAGAUCACAAACCUCUUCGAAGAGGCCUACCACCUCAAGCGCAACCCCCGCUUCUCUCUGGUCGACUACGAGAUCAAGGCCGAUCGUUCAGAGACACCUUUGCCUCCACAAGACGGCCGAACAGCCAGCAGCCGCAACCUGCGCCGAAUCUUCAAUGGUGUCAUCGAAAUUGACGGCCAGGAACACAAGAUCCAGGGAUCGGGUACUGGUGCGCUGUCGUCGCUGGCCGAUGCACUGAGGAGUCUGGGCAUCGACCUUGACGUUGUAGACUACAACGAGCACACCAUCGGUACAAGCAAAGACGCAAAGGCUGCAACUUACAUUGGUUGCACAGCUGCACAAAGCAGUCAGAAGGUCUGGGGUGUCGGUAUUCACCAGGAUGUGGUUCAAGCUUCUCUCAUCGCGAUGCUGAGUGCUGCUUCCUCAUUCCUUUCAUCGAGACCUACCACACCCAUUCCCUUCCGCCCCAAGCGAUCGAAUACGCUCGAGAUCCCCAGCCCAGAAUCAAGUCCCAGCCGAAAAGAGGGUAGCACAAUAGUGGAUAAGCUUGAAGCAGCCGUUAAUGGCGAUCAAGCGGAUGUGAAGAGCGCGGGAGUGUAAGCUCCAUAGGUCUUCUUAUGUUUCACUGUUCAGGCUUUAUUUUCAUAAACAUCGCAUAUAGCAUUUGGGUUCAAAAAGGCUGGGAGAUUGGUGUUCAAAAAGUGCUAAAUAGGUUGAAUGGAAUAAGUGUACAGUCAACCACCGUCAUGUAAUCUAAAGAUUUAUAGGAGGUGACAGAACAUGAGCAUACUACAUGUUCAUACAGGUAACCGGCUGAGAACUCUCGGCGAUAGAGCUGUCGAGUCAAAUAUUCAAUUCUAAUCAACGGC